CCGCAUACUCCUGUUCCGUCAUUAACCAUGUCUAAGCCUGUGAUUCACUACUUCCCCAUUCGGGGUCGGGCUGAGGUCCUCCGCCUCGCCAUCGUGGCUGGUGGUGACGACUUUGACACCGUUGAUGUGAACUACCAGGAGAUGAAGAGUGAUCGGGAGAAGUACCCGUUCGGCCAGUGCCCUAGGCUUGUGGAUGGCGACAUUGAUCUUGUCCAGUCCAACACAAUUGCCCGGUACUUGGCCCGCAAGUAUAACCUUCAGGGCAAGGAUGAGAAGGAGAUGUGCGCUGUGGACAUGAUUGUGGAGGGCGUCGAGUCGCUGCGUGUAAAAUACGUGAACCUGAUCUACAAUGACAAGCUGGAGGAGGCCGCCAAGGAAACGUACUGGAAGACCUACUUUGACAGGAGCAGCACGGAGGGCCGCAACGGCGGCGCCCACUUCCAGUACCUGGCCAACUUCCUGUCCAAGAACCCCGGCCCCUUCUGCGUGGGCGACUCGCUCACCCUGGCCGACCUGUGCGUGUGGGAGAUCCUGGACCUGCAUCUGCGCAUCUUCGGGGAGCAGAUCAAGGAGGCGUACCCCGAGCUGGUGUCCUUCCACGAGCACAUCGCGGGACUGCCGGGCAUCAAGGAGUACCUGGGGUCCGCCAAGCGCCUGGCCGCAUGCAACGCGAACAACCUGGGCUAGAUGACGACGGGGAGGGGCUAGCACUAACUCGUUCAGGGCACGGGGGUCGGGGUUCCUGACUGGGUUGGAUCCUGCAGGUGAAGGGGUGUCCUGGUAGAGGGGGUGCGGCGCGUGAUGUCUGGAGUCUGGGAUGGGUGUAGGUGUGCUUUGCCAGCGGUUGGGUACUGUGGUGUGGAGCUGUUAGCACGUGGGUGGGUCGCAAUGGGUGGCUGCGGGAUUGCUUGGCCUUGACAGGUAGUGACUGCGCAGGAUGUGACGGCGCUGAGUGCGUGUUGAGGAGUGCGUGCGGGAGGUAAGGGAGGAGAACCGCAGGAGGUGAAAGGAAGAGGCAAAGUUGGGUGGCGUGGUAUUGGCUGGGAUGCAUAGCCGGAAUGGUAAUGGAUGGGUGCAUAGCCGGGAUUACCACCAUCUCAAUGGAUUCGCUUAAACAUGGCUGUAACAUCUUACCAGCAUGGCU